AAGACAAACCCUAUCCUCACUCUGUUUCUUCUUAUACUCUUCCCCGCAUCGUACGCCGCCGACACAGCUUCGAGUCGUGGCAGCCACCGAGGCUCUGAGUCUGACAGCAACGCAUCGCUCUCUGCUCCAUCAAUAAUGGUGAACGUGAUGGAGUGGCCGAAUCAGCGUUGGCAGCCGAACAAACUCACCUACGUCAAAGUCAUGACCGACGAACAACUCGAGACUCUGCGCAAGCAAAUUGCCGUCUACGCAACCAUCUGCGAGAACCUCAUCGAGAUGCACAAAACCAUCUCCGCGCGCCAAGAUCUCGCAGGGAUUAGGAUGGGAAAUGUGUAUUGUGAUCCAUUGUUGGGGUCUAGUGGGCACAAAAUAGCUUCGAGGCAGAGGUGGACACCUACGGCUAUGCAGCUUCAGAUUUUGGAGCGGAUGUUUGAGCAGGGGACUGGAACUCCCAGCAAGGAAAAGAUCAAGGAGAUUGCUGCUGAGCUCAGCCAGCAUGGCCAGAUUUCUGAGACUAAUGUGUACAAUUGGUUUCAAAACAGGCGGGCUCGCUCCAAAAGAAAGCAGCAGAGUGUGGGGCCUAGUGUUAAUGGUGAAUCAGAAGUGGAGACUGAGGUUGAUUCUAAAGAUAAGAAGACAAAGCCGGACGAGUUUCAGUCCCCAUCUAGCGUUUCUGCGGGUCCUGCUGAUAAUUUGGGCUUCCAGAACACUAAUAAUUUGCAGUACAUGAAUCCAGAGUCCAACAACCCGGAUUCUGUGUUCACGUCUGAUGGCAGUUUAACAUCCACGAGAAGUUUUGAUGUGCCUGUUUUUGAUGGGCUGCUAUCAAACUCAAGUAGCGACUAUCUUACUGGAAAAAUAGAAGCACCUGAGAACUACGAGUUAUACCAGUCGGCAGGCGACUACAACAUGGUUGGUGGACAUUCAAUGUAAUUUCUGACGACUGUGAUUAGCUGUAAAGAACCGCUGCUGGUGUGAUUUUGGGCUUGUGUUGACGAAAAACAAAUUAAACCAAUUGAAACAUGAGAGAACUUACAGUUUUAUAGUAUAUAGAUAUAGUGAUAUAAUGGUAGUUGGACAUUUUACUUGAUAAUGGAAUAUAAUUGUGAGUUCAUAUUGAUAUUGUGAAGUUGGCUUUUUCGGUUAACGGUGUACCAUAAGCAUCUUUUACCGUUGGCUUUGGCUUUUGUAUUUGGUUGGAAGAGACAUGGUAAGAAUUUUUUGGCUGUGGCUUUCUUCUAAAAUUUGAGUGGAAAUAGGAUUAGACGAAGUCGUGACCAAAAGCUUGAAGAAUAAAGCUUACAAAAUAAACUCGUGGGUUUGGUUUCA